GAAGCUUUCAACCACUUAUUUCUGAUAAAUAUUUGCGACCUUCCUGUUAGGAUUACCUUGUUAUACGAUCAGGACUCUGAACACUGGAAUUUGCUAGAUGCAAGAUGAGUUCCCAAAUAAUGGCCCUGAGAAUAAUGAUGAACCCGAUAGAGGUUUUCAUACCCUAUCGCCAGAUGAGGCGUCGCAUGUAUGCGUUACUUCAUUCACCAGACACAGAGGACAAUGUUGCAACACCGCGAAAGGACGAGGAGAGUGGUAAGGGCGGGGGCGAGGUUUCUACAAGAGAAGUAGUGGGCAAGGACAAGUGGAAGAAGGCUUUAACAGAGUGGAAGAAAGGAGAACUAGACAAAUUAUCUUCUGUUGCCAUCGUUGCUGCCCUCGUCGCCUCUGUCAUCGCCUCAAUCCUAGCAGGGUCUGCUAUUCUCUCUUGGCCUGUCCGCGCUCUGUGGCUCUCGGCUCUGUUUUUUGAUCUUGCUUCUCUCUUUACUGCUGUACAAGAGACAAUGAUGCUUACGGCAAUUUCCUACGAUCCAGAUGCUGUCGCACGUCUCCGGCAUUCACUUUGCCACCCCUUGUCACAUAUGCCAAACGAUUGGCCCGAUGCCCAGGAGCGAUUCGUGCCACACAUGUUAGCAGUAUGUUUUUGGAAUAUCGCGGCUAUACUGUUAACAGCCGCGAUUUCACUAUUUGUAAUCGGGUUGAAUAUAUGGAUUUUUCAGGCAGCGGUAAGGGGGGGAGAUGAUAAGAAGAUCGCAGUGUUUUUUGGAGUUAUGGCAACGUUUGUGGUAGCAAUUUAUUUGAUGUGCUAUGUGGUUAGGUUUGCGGCUUUUGGGCCACGACCCCCAAGAGCAAUAGACGAACUGAAAUGUUGAUCGGGCUUGGAGUUCAGGGCAACGUUCGUUGACGGUUUGUUGUAGCAGUUUGAGGAUUAAUGAUACUUUUUAGCACGAAUAAUGAAUCACGAUGUUCG